AUGUCGGGACAGCCAGAAUCUUCGUCAUCUGCAGCCCGCAAGGCUCUCAAUGCUGGAGCAAAUGGCGCAACACCCGAUUAUGAAUUACCAUGGGUGGAAAAGUAUCGACCAGUCUACCUUGAUGACAUCGUGGGAAACUCGGAAACGAUCGAGCGACUCAAGAUCAUAGCAAAAGAUGGAAAUAUGCCGCAUGUUAUCAUUUCUGGCAUGCCCGGAAUCGGCAAAACCACGUCUAUCCUAUGUCUGGCACGGACUCUUCUCGGUGAUGCAUACAAAGAGGCGGUUCUGGAGCUGAAUGCAAGUGACGAACGAGGGAUUGAUGUGGUGCGAAAUCGUAUCAAGGGUUUUGCGCAGAAGAAGGUGACACUACCUCCGGGACGACACAAGAUAGUGAUCCUAGACGAAGCGGACAGCAUGACCUCUGGUGCUCAACAGGCCUUGAGAAGAACGAUGGAAAUAUAUUCGAAUACGACUCGUUUCGCCUUUGCUUGCAAUCAGUCCAACAAGAUCAUCGAGCCGCUCCAGUCGAGAUGCGCAAUCCUCCGAUAUUCCAGGCUGACGGACGCGCAAGUGGUGCAACGACUGCUGCAGAUUAUUGAAGCGGAAAAGGUGCAAUACUCCGAGGAUGGAUUGGCGGCAUUGGUGUUUAGUGCCGAGGGAGACAUGCGACAGGCCAUCAACAACCUGCAAAGUACUUGGGCAGGCUUUGGAUUCGUCAGUGGUGACAACGUAUUCCGUGUUGUGGACAGUCCGCACCCAGUCAAGGUGCAAGCCAUGAUCAAAGCAUGCUGGGAAGGGAAGAUUGACAGCGCAGUCGACACGUUGAAGGAAUUAUGGGAUCUGGGCUACUCCUCUCACGACAUCAUAAGCACCAUGUUCCGGGUAACCAAGACGAUUCCUACGCUGUCGGAACACUCGAAGCUGGAGUUCAUUAAGGAGAUUGGCUUCACGCACAUGCGUAUCCUUGAGGGCGUGCAGUCAUUUUUGCAACUUAGCGGCUGUUUAGCAAAACUAUGCAGGAUCAACAUGAAGCCGGAGCUGUUCGAAGCUCCAGCAUGA